AUGGGUGGCGGUAACUAUCAUUCGGGUCUACCAGUCCCAAAUCCAACCACAUCUUACUGGCAAAUUCCACCGCAUCGGAUAGCGGAGCAUCGGACGACGACGCAAUUACCUACGGACACGCUCUUUGACUAUGUUAUUGUCGGCUCCGGGAUCUCUGGGGCGGCUAUUGCUUACAAGUUAUUGUCCAGGGACCCAUCACUAUCAAUCUUGAUGCUCGAGGCGCGCACCGCUGCGUCUGGGGCAUCAGGUCGAAAUGGUGGUCUUUGUCGUUCUGGCUGGUGGUUGAACUACAAGACGUACCUGGAAGCCUACGGCGAAGACGAAGCUCUCAAGUUCGAGCGACUAGAAGAGGAAAAUGUGCAAGACAUGGCUAGUUUUGUGCGUGAGCAUGAUGUUGACUGCGACUUUGAGGAUAUCGAGACCGCCGACGUCUACUUGACAAAAUCAGAGUGGGCAAAGAUCAAGGAGGUCCUCGCUCUUAGAGCAGAAGUCAGGAAGCGAAGACCUGAUGCUGUGCCUUUGGGAGACAAAAAAGUGUUUGAGGGUGAAGCGGCAGCACGGCGCGUUGGUAUCCAGAAUGCUCUUGGUGCUGUGUUAUACCCUGCACAUACCCAGAAUCCUUAUCUCCUGGUCUGUAAGAUGUUGGAACUUGAUCUAGAAAUGGGGCUUAACUUGCAAACAAACACGCCUGUUUUAGAGAUACACCAGACAUCAUCAGAGUCAGGGAACACGACCAUUUGGGAGGCCAUGACUGAUCGUGGUACGGUUCAAGCGAAGCAGGCCAUAUUGGCUACGAAUGCUUUCACGAGCGUGCUUCAUACCAGUCUCGCUAGGACAGGGUUUAUUUGGCCUGGAAGAAGCCAGGUUAGCGCGAUUCGUCCGGGCAGUAAAGUUGGCGACAAUCCAGCUAUGCGACUGGUUGUAGCGUUAAACGACGUACAUUCUGGCGAUUACUUCCAUCAGCGAGCAGUUGGUCUGAAGGGUGCAGGUGACAUUCUAUACGGCGGUGGUCGAUUUCUUUCGCCUAACAAGGAAAAGGGGAUUGCAGACGAUUCCAAGGUCAAUCCUAGAAUUGCGGAGUAUCUAAAGCAUGCCGCUGCCAACUACUUUGGUCGCGAGACAUGGGGUGAUGAAGGAGAUCAAAUAAGGGAUUGGUCGGGUAUCACUUGCUAUACCCGUGAUACAUUUCCACUUGUCGGUGAAGCACCUGGCGAAAAAGGUCUGUGGAUGUCUGUGGGGAUGAAUGGGCAUGGCAUGGCGAUGGCGUUCCGUAGCGCUGAAGCGCUUGUCCAGAUGAUCACGACUGGCAGAGAACCAGAGUGGUUUCCCAAGUGCUUCAGACUCGCAAGAGCGUGGUCUGAUUCCAAAGUUCAUGUGCCACAAUUGACUUAG